CCAUUCUGUUUACAUAUUUUUCAGCUGUUCGCACGUGUUGCACAAGAGAGCAAGCAUCAUGAGAGUUGUGGGAUUGAUUAGUGGCGGAAAAGACAGCAUCUUCAACUUGAUGCAAUGCAAAGCUGAGGGACAUGAGCUCGUGGCUCUGGCCAAUUUGUACCCCAGCGACUCCAGGGAGGAGAUGGACAGCUACAUGUACCAGACUGUGGGUCAUACUGGAAUAGAGAUGAUUGCCACGGCUCUGGAUUUGCCUCUAUAUCGCCGAAAGACGAGCGGCGUGUGUCGGAAAGACGGCCAAGUGUACACUGCUGAUGACCCCACGGAUGAAGUCGAGGAUCUCUAUCAUCUGCUCCACGAAGUGAAAACCGUUGAGAAUGCGGAAGCUGUUGCUUCGGGGGCUAUUCUAUCGGAUUACCAGCGCUGCCGUGUUGAGAAUGUGUGCGAAAGGCUGCAAUUGACAUCACUGUCGUAUCUCUGGCGAAGGAAUCAGACGAAAUUGCUGCAGGAAAUGAUCGAUGGCGGUGUCGAGGCGAUUGUGAUUAAGGUGGCGGCUCUGGGACUGACUCCGGAAAAGCACCUGGGAAAGUCUCUCAAGGAGAUUCAGAAGGAUGUGAUGCGCCUAAAUGAAUUCUAUGGCGUGAAUGUGUGUGGCGAGGGCGGAGAAUAUGAGACAUUCACGCUGGAUUGUCCUCUGUUUAAGUACAAAAUUGUCUUGGCGGACAAGAGAAUUGUGACCACAUCGGGAGACGUAGGGUACAUUGUGUUCGAAAAGCUUUCGUUGGAAAAGAAGGGCCAAGAAGGACAACAGAAAUUACUCUCGAGACUAUCGAGAGAUACUAACAAUGGAGAAAGUCUUUCAGUAGUUGAUAUCAUAGAGAAACAUCAGGGGGAUUUUGAGUAUCUACCUAAAGCCAAAGACUACCCAAAAACCCCUACAAGUUGGAUCUGGCUGCCAGCAAUCCUAGGAAAAGGACAGGAUAGCGAAGAAGGCGCAAAAGACGCUAUGGAACAACUUAAAAAUGCCACAGAAAAUCAAAUGAUCUCUCUAAAGGAUAUCGUAUUUAUUAAUAUCUUUGUGAGGAGCAUGAAGGACUUUGCUAAGAUUAAUCUAAUCUACUCAUCCAUCUUCAACUUCCCAAAUCCUCCCAGUCGAGCAUGUGUGGAAACAAGUCUGCCAGGAAAUGUGUGGCUUAUGUUGGAGGCACUAGCAGUGCGUCCCGAUGAACAUAAUUCAAUUGACUGUGUUCACGUCCAGGGAAUUUCUCACUGGGCUCCGUCCAAUAUCGGGCCGUACAGUCAGGGCAAGAGAUGUGGCACAACAGUCACAAUAUCCGGACAAAUAGGUCUCAUCCCAGGGAAGAUGACACUGCCACCGGAUGGGGAUUUCCCAACUGAAUGCGCAUUGUCCCUGAGGAAUGCAGACUGCGUAGUUCACGCCAUAGAUUCUCCGCGUGGCCUCAGAAACGCCUCCCUGGCGAUUUGCUACCUGCAAGAGUCUCAAUCAAUUCCCAGAGCCAGAGCACAGUGGAGCUCCCUCAACGCUAAGGCCAUCGUCAACUACGUGGUCGUGUCUGCUCUGCCCAGGAAUGCACAAAUUGAGUGGCAGAUUCUCCUGCACUCCCCCGAGACGCCGCUCGUGCUCGAGGAAUUCACUCAUCAAGUCGAAUCACUCACUCUUCAUCUGCAAAAGCUCUCGAAUGCAAGUGAUAGCUUUGAGAUAGUUUCCGGUACAAUUUCCCUCCAGUGUGACACUGCUGUGCAAUUUAGUUCACAAAGUAUUGAGGAUUUGCUCGAGAGGAUAAGGAGAAAGUUCAACUUUGAGACACCCAACAAAGGAUUACACUGUCGAAUAUUCUACAAAGCGUCACAGGAGGAACUUCUAGUGCCCGUCCUGCUGGCUUUUGUUCAGAAAGUGGGAGUCAAUUUUAUCUUAAUCCCAGUAUUGGACCUGACUGAUAAUGGCAUUGCAACUGUUACCUUUGUAAAACUGGUGUGA